GUAAUAGAUGCAUUUAGUCAAACAUUUAGCAAGAGAUGUAUUUGGUCGCUCUCAUCUGUGUUUCAAUAUUUCUUUAAUCAUUUUAUUUUCUUUCCAUCUUCUUCUUCUUCAAUGAGCAUUUGUUGUUCAUAUGAAAUCAAGUCAACGGAGCUUCCUGUUUGCCAAGUUCAUUCUUGUUUUCUAAGAUAUAAUAUUUUUGAUUCUCCAAUCUCUGUUUUCUAACUUGCUUACAUCAAAAGAUCCCAUCAUUUUGGCAAAGAUUUGCCUUUUCUCUGAGCUCAAAGAACAUCCACUUCAGUCAACUCUGGUCCUGGAUCUGUUUUCCCACAGUUUCAGACCAAACCCACAUCAAAAGCUUCAAAUCUUGAAUCUAGUUAUGGUAGCAGAAGACCAAAGCCUUGAGAACACCGGAUCCAUCCACGUGGUCAAAGAACAAAGUCGUUUCUGUAAUGUACUGUGUGGUCCAGUUCGAUGGAUAAAGAUGCUGUCCAAAGAGCUUCACUGGAGCUUUGUCUUCGGCGUGGUCUCACUCUACGGAAUAAACCAAGGCCUCGGCGGCUCAAUGGGCCGUGUAGCAACAGAGUACUACAUGAAAGACGUUCAAAAAGUUCAACCCUCUGAGUCUCAAGCCCUCACAGCAAUCACCAAGAUCCCAUGGAUCAUCAAACCUCUUUGGGGCAUUCUCACCGAUGUUCUCCCCAUCUUUGGCUACCACAGACGCCCUUACUUCAUUUUGGCAGGUGUCCUUGGAGUGGUCUCUAUGCUGUUCAUUUCGCUUCAUAGUAAUCUGCACCUUUACUUUGCACUUAUGUGGAUGACGUUAUCAAGUGCUGCGAUGGCUAUAGCUGAUGUGACUAUUGAUGCUUGUACUGCUUACAAUAGCAUCAAACAAAGUGCUCUUGCUUCGGAUAUGCAGAGCUUAUGCAGCUUAAGCUCUUCCAUUGGUGCACUUGUUGGUUACUUCAUGAGUGGUAUCUUGGUUCAUCUUGUUGGCUCCAAGGGGGUGUUUGGCUUGCUGACAUUACCGUUUGCUUUAGUAUCUGUGGUGGGGAUUGUGUUUAGUGAGUCACAUGUUCCUGGUUUCUCUUACAAACAGGUGAACCAGAGAUUUACAGACGCAGGGAGAGCAAUGUGGAGGACAAUGAAGUGCUCAGAUGUAUGGAGACCUUGUCUGUACAUGUACAUUUCACUUGCUCUUAGUUUGAACAUUCAUGAAGGUCUCUUUUAUUGGUUCACAGAUUCAAAGGAUGGUCCUAUGUUUGCUCAGGAAACAGUUGGUUUCAUUCUCUCAAUUGGUUCAGUUGGGUCUAUUCUAGGAGCGACAUUGUACCAGCUAGUCCUAAAGGACCAUCCCUUCCGUGGACUUUGUCUAUGGACACAACUUCUCUUUGCCUUAUCAGGAAUGCUUGACCUCAUUCUUGUCCUGCGUCUCAACUUAAAGUUUGGCUUACCAGACUAUCUAUUUAUAGUAGUGGACGAGGUGGUUUCUCAGAUGAUAGGACGUUUGAAAUGGAUGCCGCUGCUUGUCCUCACUUCAAAGCUUUGUCCUCAUGGGAUUGAAGGGACUUUCUUUGCGCUGCUGAUGUCUAUUGACAAUGCAGGGAUCAUGACUUCUUCUUGGCUUGGAGGAGUGUUGUUGCAUGUUCUUAAGGUGACGAGGACUGAGUUUGGUAACAUCUGGCUUGCGGUUUUGGUUAGGAAUGUGAUGAGGCUUUUGCCGCUGUUUGUGUUGUUUCUUGUUCCUAAGGGAGAUCAGAACACGUUUAAGCUCCCAAGUGAGAUCAUGGGGGUAGAUCCAGAAGAGGGAGAUGAGAAAGAAGAGGCUAGGAAUUUGGAGAUGGCGUCUCUUGUUCAUUCUGUUGAUAGAAGAUAGCUACUACAGUGUUCUCUUAUUGUAGACAAAAUGUGAAGCAAAUGCUUCAGUUUUUUACAGCAUUUUCUCUGAAGUGCAAAUUUUUCUCAGUAUACAUAACAUGUGUUGUCAUUUUUUUGAAUCUAUCUCUGUCUCUAAGUCUCCCUUUGUCUCUGUACCUGUCUCGGUCCAAGGCAUGAUCUCUCUGCUUGGUUUCCAGGCUUCUCUUUCUGCUCUGUUAUAGAUUUACCUGAGGGGUUCACUGGACCAUAACGAACAUGAACAUGGCCAUGUCCUGGACUAGACCAUACUCAAAUGCUAAUUUUAAUGUUUGAGACGCACUCAGCACAUGUUUAAUGCCCAAGUUACACAUGAGUAUAAAAAACUGAGCAAAAGAAAUUGCAGACAGGGAGCCACGUUUCCCUUAUCAAUACUAUUAAAAGGGAAGAAGUCCUAAAAAAUCUACUUAAAAUAAAUCAUAAGUUGGACCAUUUCAUUCAACUAGAAUUUCUGUUAUUUCUCAUAUUACUAUUUUAAUUAUUCUUCAUUAAAGGCAAGUUAGUCAUAAAAAAAUGGUAUUAACCUAAUUCUCUACAUAUACGUUUACUAUAUACGCAUUAUUCCAUCAUAAUUAUUUUAUGUUAUUAUUAAAUAAUAUCCACCUUAUAUUUAUAUAUAUGGUUAUUUAGUUAUUUGUGAUUUAUUUAAUAGUUAAUACCUUCGGAGACUAUAAACAUAAUACAAUAUCCAUUGUAAAAAAAUUGCAUCUUUUACAGAGAUCAACCAUUAAUUUAUAUCAACCUUAUUAACUAAACUGAUUUCACUAACCAUGUUAUAUAUAUGAACACUUCAACAUUAUCAUUCACAAACUAAACGAUGUUUGUCACAACUUAAUAUUCUAAAAUGGUUGUAUUAUUUAAUACCAAACCAGUUUCUAUACGAAUCUAUAGAUAUGAUUAUGGUCUACAUAAAACAUGUUCGAUCUUUCCAUCUGCUAUAUUUUCAGAAAAUGGUUAUUUAUCUUCGGUUAUGUUAGAUAUUUAGUCUAACAAAUUAUAAAUCGGUUAGUGAUAAUUUCUAAAAACUUUGAAAACACUUUAUUAUUUAUUAACACUAUAUCAAUACUUUAAAAUAGGUUAGCAGUAGAAUUGUGUUUUAGAACAAAAUCUACUUCUUUUAAAACAUAAUAUUAUUUUGAAAAUAGUUUUGAUACUAUGUGUUAUAUUAAAAAUAGUUAUAUAUAUAUAUAUUUGAAAUAAAUAAUUAUAUACAUAAAUUAUACUUUUGGUUAACUAAAUUAUUUAUCAACCAAAUAAAAAUAUUCGGGUUAUUCAUGUUUUCGGGUUAUCUGGUUUAUAAAUAGUAUUUUAGGAUAUUUGGUUAUUUAAAAUUGAAUGUAAUUAAUAUUUUUAAAUAUAUAAUUUUUUAUUUAAAAAUUCAGGUACUCAUUUAGUUAUCGGUUCGAUUUCAUUUUUUCAGUCAUAGAUAUAUGAUUUGCUCUAUUAUUUAUGCAGUUCAGUUUAAUUUUGGUUUUUCAGUUUGGUACGGUUUGGUCCGUGGUUUUGGAUAAAUAUGCUCAAACUUAUACAAUAUCUUAUAUAGAAAUUCGUUUAAAAUAUAUUUAAUUACAAAUACAAACCCGCGCUUUCUAAGCGCGGAUCAAAAUCUAGUUGUUGCAUUAUAAGUGGAUGUAAGAAAUUAAAUAUUUUCUUAAUCACUUCGAAUACAUUGAUGAAGUAUUAAAUUUGGAUGUAAUAAACUCUCUCCAUUUCAAAAUACUUUAUGUUUUCGUAAAAAUAAUUAUUUCAAAAAGAUACCUUUUGUAUUUUUAUUAUCUGAUAAUGUGAUAAAUUGUAAAAUUUGAAAAUUCUUUGUGUUUAUUAAACUUCUAUUAAUUAAAAUUUUAUGGGAAAUAGUUAAUUACCAAAUAAUAUAUUUAUAAUUAAAAUUAAAAAUAUUUUAUUAAUAUAUAUGAAAACUUUAAAACAUGAAUCAGUUUGAUAUAGAAGGAACAGAGGAAUUACAAUUUAUAUUAAAAUAAUAAUUUAAGUUUAAAAGUGUUGAAGCUUCAAAAAGCAUGAUAAACAAGUUACAGAAUUAUCAAAAUUAUAUUUAAAAACAGUAAUUUCAUUCACCAGUUAUUACAUAUGGCCUUAACCGCUAGUUUAGGCUUUAUCCCUAAUUAAACUAUGAUUAACAAGUUAUAGAAUAAAUUGUCUUUAAUGAACCCAUCUUCACGUGAGACGUUAACUCAUGAUAGUUUUGGAACUAAUUAAGGUACCAAAAGAAACCAUGUCGACGAGAAAAGAAAAAAAACUUGUAUUUUAUUAAAUUGUAAACGUUACAAUAACAUUCAUAUCAAUCGAUCACUAUAUAUUAUCUAAGAUACCAAUCCCAAAAAGAAGCAACCAAAAAGAAGAAAAAAAAGAAGAUAAAUUGUAUUUCAACGCAAAAAAGAAUGGAGAAUAAGGCAUCAGUCAUGGGAUUUCUCUUAAUCACUACUUUGAUAUCAUCUACUUAUCCAAGUUUAGCCACAGAAAAUGACGACAAACCAUUGAUUGAUCCUGACACCAGUCUAGAUGAAGCAUUUGCACGCUCCCCGGGUUCAGAAGAAUACAAUAUUAAUGCGUUCAACAGUGUACCAGCACCAGAAGCAAACUAUUUCAUGAAGAACUGUGCUAAGACGAGGGAUGUUAAGUGUGACGACGAAGUACUGCUUGAUCUUUUUAAAAACGAACCUAUGUCGAGAGAAUGUUGUCUCAUGGUAUUGCACAAUGGGGAAGGUUGUAACAUGUUAUUUGCGAAGUUCAGCUCCAGGUUGUACCAACUAAGACGUUUCACCUCCGUUGCCAAAAUUCUUCUUUUGAGGACUGGGAAAAUUUUGAGCAGAUGUUCUGCUGAAACUUCUACACCAUUGUCUGGUUAAAAAUGUAAUUGAUUCAGUUCAAAAAAAAAUGUAAUUGAUAUUAUUAUUAACUAAUGAUUCCAAAUCAUUUCCAAUUCAACUGUUUAUAAUAAUUCAAUAUCGAUAUAUAAUUUCUGAUUGUUUUUUUUUAUUCUAUCAAAUAUGAAAACUGCAUUGCAAGCAAAUGUGAUUAUUAGUUAUUAGAUAAAUUUUGGAGAACCUACAAAAAAAAGAGAUAAAUUCUGGAGGAGUUCAGAUCAGAUCAGACAAUAAGUCAUAGACUGUGCAUCAAAAUGCUCAAAAAAAAUUCAUAGGAGAUCAUGAACACUAAUUGUCUAAUAGCUAAAUGACUGAAUCCGCAGCAUCGGAACCCGUCUAGAAUGAAGUUUGCGCUUUCAAAAGUUUAGAAAUCUGUUAGGUAAAAUCGAAAGCUAGGUCAACGAUGAUGAAACCGUUAGUUUCUAUGUUUCAUAUUCAUAUAUAGCACCAUCUCUUAACAGUGAAGAAAAACGUCCCUUAUAUCUAUAACGGCUAAAGGUUCACAUCAAUUUGACCAAUUAACUCUAAAUUAAAACGUCUAAUGAAUCCAUACUUGCAUGAGACGUUACAAGCAAAGCACAACAUGUUAGUUUUGGAGCUAAUUAAAGUUAGUAAACGUGUGUCGAUUAGAAAAAGGGACAAACAUUUUAUUUAUUGAAAACGUUAUACUUACAUUCAUAUCAGUCGAUCACUACAUAUAAUAUUAGAUACAAAUUAUUUUUUUUCAUUAAUUGAUGUGUCCUCUUCUCAUCACAUAGAAAUGGUUGUCAAUCUCUGGAGAGUCUCUUUUGUCAUUAUAGUGUUGAUCCCAGAUAAAAAAAAAAGGUGAUAAAAAAGAGAAAAUAAAUUGUAGUUUGAUAAACAAAAUGGAGAAUAGGGCAUGUUUCACGGGAUUUUUCUUAGUUACAGUUUGCAGGCUCACCAGCUGCACAUAUACGAUGAUGAUGUGCUCAGCAAAGUAUCAUCAAAAGACGCUAACUAUUUCUUUUAGCAAAAAAAAAAGGACACAAACUAUAUUAUAUAUUGUGCUACCGAGGGAGCUUAAGUGUAACGUACAUCGUUGCAUGAGUUUUUUAAAAACGAACCUACUUCAAAAGAUGUGCCUGAAAGUAUUGCAAGUUGGGAAAGGUUGACACACUGCAAUUACAAAGUAUCUUUCAAAGAUGUAUAAACUCAAACGUUUUUCUUCCAAAACUCUUUUUUUUUUUCUAGAACUGACAAAGUUUGGAAUAGAUGUUCUGCUUUGGUUGAAUCUCCUACGCAAAUUUCUAGUUAAUUUAUUUAAAUGAAAAUAAUAAAAUUUGAUCAUUAAAGUUAAUUGUUUUUUUUAUUUCAGUUAAUUAUGUCAUCCCAAGUAUCUAUGGUAAUUUAAAAUUAACACACUUCUUAUCUAUUGUUUCUAAAAUAAAUAGUAUCAUGUUUCAAUUAAUAUUUUUGUCCCAAUUAUCUAUUAUUUCUAAAAUCAAUAAUAUUAUGAUGAUUAAAUCUUUUUUUUUAAAUUCCCACAAUUUAUCAAAUAAUAUAUAGAGAAUUAGCGAUAUGUUGGUAAUAUAUAACAACCAUUCAAACGAAGUACAAAUAAAUAAUAUAAUCUAAUAAUUGUAAGACAGGUCCUGAAAUUUUGAGGUUUUCAAACAAAAUAAAAAAUGAAUUUUUUUUAUCAAAAGAAAAGCCUACCUUUUUUGAAUUAGGUUUUUAGUUUUAUGGAAUUUUCUAAAUUUACUAACCCACUAAAUUUUUAUAUUAUCUAGCCCAUUAAAUUAAAACAACAAAACAAUGAAGACUUUAUAUAGGGGGUGAUUGGUUGGGCUGUAAGAAGUGAUUUUAGCUUUAAUUUUCAUCUACAACCUUAAAUACUACCAAUCAUGCUUUAUCUUAGUUUUUAAAGCUACAACCAAAAAAACUAAAGUUACAGCAAAAACAUACAAAAAGUAGUUGUAUAAAUCUUAUUUUCUAAAGCCUCAUCUUUUUAGCUGUAGGAAAUUUUAAAGCUACAUCUCUUAAAACUAAAUCAAAAAAUUCUACAGACUAAUUUCUAAAGUAAAUUUUCUACAGUUACAUCCUAACCAAUCACCCCCAUAGUCACAAAAAAAAAUAUUAUAUAUAAAAAAUAUUUGAAUUUUUGCUUCAUGGGACUUGUGGUAAAUAUUUCAUGUCUAGGGCUGGCCGUGAAUCACUGUCUCGCUGUAAAAUAAAGUACAGUAGAACCUCUAUAAAUUAAUAUUCGAUAAAUUAAUAAUUUCUAUAAAUUAAUAAAUUUUACAGGUUCUAAUUUGUGUCGGUUCAAAAUUUGAUACCAAUAGAUAAAUUAAUAAGAUAAUUUUUUUAAAAAAUUCUAUGUAACUAUAUGGUCCUCUUAAAAUUAUAAAUUAAUAAUUUAUAUAUAUAUAUUUUUUUUUAUAUAAGUAAGAACCUAUUGUUAUCUUUAUAUUUUCUUUACACUUCAUAUAUUUUUUGAUGAGAUUUAAUAAUAUUAUAUCGAAAACCACAUUUAAAUUCUAUGCAAUAUAUAUUAUAUACAACAAAUAAUAUAAUAAAAUUAAUAUAAAUGUCAAAAUUUUAAAAAUAACAAUUAAUGUUUAUAUAUUAAAAUUAGAUAUUUUCCUUAUAUUAGAAUAAAUAUAUCUUAAAAUAAAAAAUCUAAAUAAAAACACUUUUGUAAAUUAAUAUCUCUAUAAAUUAAUAAAAUUUCAAAGUUCCAACAUUAUUAAUUUAUAGAAAUUCUACUGUAUAACAUAUAACUUAGUCGUCAAUUAUCGAUGAAAUCUUCCCGGGACAAGUGACUACAAAACCAAGCCAUGCUCGUUUAAUUACAACCACAACAAAUAUUAAACAAACAUGUGUACGUAACCUUAUCUUGCAGUAUCUUUGUCUUAGCAUCAUUCGUUUCUGCGGAAUUCUAUAUUAUGCAUUAUUGACAAUGAUGACAACUAGAGAGAUAAAAUAUUAUUAUUAACAAAUUUUAUGAUUGAUAGAUAAAGUCUGUUCUUUAAAAAUCAAGAUGGAUUAAGAUCAGGAGGAAAAAAAUGAAGUUUCUCUCUCUCUUCUUCGUUCUCUCCUCAAAAUCCUUCACGAAGAAAAAGAUGAGAUGAAGCUUUGUCCGUCGCCGUUCUUCUUCGGUGACUGUUGACUCUGGUAUAUCUCGGUCGGUUUGACGAGUAUAUCCGGCUUCUGUUUCUGGCGGCUCGCGUUCACCUUGACGGAGUUGUCCGGCUUUGUUUUCCGCGUCGUGUUCGAUGGCGACGGCGGCUUCUCACCGGAAUUUCCCGGUUAUCGUUGAUUGACGCUUCCGUUUGUUACUCGCUCAACCGUCUCUCUUCUCACAUCUCUGUUAGAUGUUGGGUGGAUUGUAGAUGACUGAAUUAGCUUUGAAGCGUCGAUCUGGUGUGAGGUUAGGAUAUUGGGAAGAUCGCUCUGAGUGAGGCUUUCUUCAUCAUCCGUUUGAUAGACUUCCGGUGGUUUACCGGAAACAGUUGAAAGAGUUCCCGUCGGUGGAGAUUGGUGGUUGGUUCUCCGUAAAGCAACACGUGUCCUCGGCAGUUCGAGUUUUGACGCGUGGAUCGUCUCCGGUGAACAGAAAGCUCCGGCUUGAAUCUCACGGCGGUGGUUUGGAGGAGGUGUUUGCUGUUCUUGACGCGUGUCGAUUCCAUUUUUUUUUCUCAUUACACGUGGAGAAGAAGAUGACGGCGCUGGAACCAUUUUUUUUCUUCGAUGGUUUAGUUGUUGGGCCAUGUGUAGGUCUAGGGUUGUUGUGUUGCCUUGUCUAUGGGCCUUUCGUUUUCUGAAUAAUGUUUUGGGCUGUUGUAACUUUUUUGGUGUUAUAAUAAAAUACCAGACGGAAAAAAAAAGAUGGAUUAAGAUCAGGAAAACUAUAUAUUAAAAGAAACCCACAUAAAACUAUCUUAUAACCAAAAAUUUGAUGAUUUAGUGAAUGUUUUGUUGUUGUCAAUGAUGAUAUGAUGAUUUAGUGAUUAGUGAUUAUGUAUCUUGGUAUUGUCACCACUACAAUUAUAUAAAAAGUAAUACUGCGGAUAGACCACAUGAUCGCUUAGAUCUGAGUAUCAUCAGUUUGAAAUCCAAAUAAAUAAUUGUAUAAUAGUCAGAAUUUAAAUAUUUUAGAGCAGUUAGGACAUGUGUCCAAUAUAAUAUUUAAAAAUAGAAUGAUUUGAUUUCUGAUGAAUUUUAGGUGAUUUUAGGUGAUGUAGAGAAAUUGUUAUGAUUUAGAUUGAACAGUAUUUAGUUUCAACUAAAACUACAAUUUUGUAAUUUUACGGCAAACUGUAUGUUUACUAUUGGAGUUACAGAUAAAUAACUAUAGUCCCAAAUAUAAUUUGACUUUCCUAAAUACUUGGAAAUGCCUGGAAUUAUCCUACGCAAUCUCAAAUGUAGUAUACUCAAAGUGGACGCUACUGUAAUUACAACGUCCUCUCACUGCCACAAGUUGUAUAUACACAUAAAAUUGCCAUUGCCUUCUCGCCACUUAAUACAAGUACACAAAAACAAAAAGAGAGCAAAAACACAAUCAUCUCUCCAUCUCCCUCAACCAAACCUUCUGCACAAAGUUUAAGAUUACAAGCCACAUUCCCAACUAUCCCCCGAAAGGAGUCUAGCGCCCCAACGGAAGGGAUGUUAAAUCCGUUGUGACCAAGACUCGAACCCGGGUGGCGGGCAGUACAGCUGUACCUCCUUUACCACCAAGCUACGAGCGCUUGGUUAGCUCAUAUUAUCUUGUUAAUUAGGUCUUUAUCUAUAAGUUUUCUUCACCUAUUCUGAUGUUGCAUCUAAUUUUCCGGUUCCUGAAUCGUAUUAAGAAGUUUUUAAGACUUAA